AUGUACCGCACGCUCGGUUCCAUUGCCCUGCUCGCGGGGGGCGCUGCCGCCCACGGCGCCGUGACCAGCUACAACAUUGCGGGCAAGGACUACCCUGGAUACUCGGGCUUCGCCCCUACCGGCCAGGAUGUCAUCCAGUGGCAAUGGCCCGACUAUAACCCCGUGCUGUCCGCCAGCGACCCCAAGCUCCGCUGCAACGGCGGCACCGGGGCGGCGCUGUAUGCCGAGGCGGCCCCCGGCGACACCAUCACGGCCACCUGGGCCCAGUGGACGCACUCCCAGGGCCCGAUCCUGGUGUGGAUGUACAAGUGCCCCGGCGACUUCAGCUCCUGCGACGGCUCCGGCGCGGGUUGGUUCAAGAUCGACGAGGCCGGCUUCCACGGCGACGGCACGACCGUCUUCCUCGACACCGAGACCCCCUCGGGCUGGGACAUUGCCAAGCUGGUCGGCGGCAACAAGUCGUGGAGCAGCAAGAUCCCUGACGGCCUCGCCCCGGGCAAUUACCUGGUCCGCCACGAGCUCAUCGCCCUGCACCAGGCCAACAACCCGCAAUUCUACCCCGAGUGCGCCCAGAUCAAGGUCACCGGCUCUGGCACCGCCGAGCCCGCCGCCUCCUACAAGGCCGCCAUCCCCGGCUACUGCCAGCAGAGCGACCCCAACAUUUCGUUCAACAUCAACGACCACUCCCUCCCGCAGGAGUACAAGAUCCCCGGUCCCCCGGUCUUCAAGGGCACCGCCUCCGCCAAGGCUCGCGCUUUCCAGGCCUAA